GAUUUUUAUAUCAUUGGGUUACAGGAGAUGGAGACAAAUACAGAAGCAUACAUUCGUUAUGAUCCAACAAAAGAAAACGCAUGGGUAAAAGCAAUCAUUAGCUCAUUAAAGGAUGAAGGAAAAGAUUAUUACAAGGUUGCUUCAAAACAGCUUGUGACUAUGCUAUUGAUCGUCAUUACAAAAAAGACAAACAAGCCAUUCAUCUCAGAGACACAAAUAACGUGGGCUGGUGUUGGUUUAAUGAAUAUGAUGGGUAACAAAGGUGGUAUAGCAGUUCGAUUACGUUUCCAUGAUAGCUACCUAUGCUUUGUUACCAGUCAUCUAGCUGCGUUUACUGACAAGACAGAGAAGAGAAAUCAAGACUUUACAGAGCUAUCAAAACGAUUGAUCUUUGCCCAUCAACCAGAUCAGUUGACUUCUUAUGUAUCUUACUUUUGGAAUAAUGGUGGUGAUGAAGGUGUUUCCUUUGUGGAAAACAACAAUGUCAUUCGAGAUUGGAGGGUUGAGGCAUCCAUUUACCAUAGCGACUUCUUAAUUUGGUGCGGUGAUCUUAAUUAUCGUGUUAAUUUAAGUGAAUCGGUCAUUAAGAGCUGGUUACGUCAAGAUAGACUCGAUGUUUUAUUAGAGUAUGACCAAUUGUCAAUCGAACGAAAGGCAGGCCGAACAUUCCCUAUGUUUGAAGAAGGCCCAAUUACCUUUCUACCUACAUAUAAAUAUGAUCCAGGCACCAAUCAGUAUGAUACAAGCGAAAAACGCCGUGCACCCUCCUGGACUGAUCGUAUUCUGUGGAAAAAGAGCCGUGUUGAUUCACCAGAACAAGAGAGAUUAGAGUUGCUAGACUAUACUCACUGUAUGAAUAUGAUGAUGAGUGAUCAUAAACCAGUAAGAGCCUUGAUGAGCAUGAAUAUUCGAAAGAUCGACAGUCGCCUUCAAAAAAAGACACAUGAUGCUCUUGUUCAACAACUGAAAGAAAGCCAAGAUGCUCAACCCCGCGGAGAAAUUUCUACUUCUUAUGUAGAUUUUGAAAAGGUUCAUUUCUUAGAGUACAAGGAAAAGACCAUAUUGCUCGAGAACACUGGCCGAGUUCUUACUCUAUUCAGAUUCUUGCCCAAGAAUGAUGAGGUCAAUAUUCUGCCCCCUUGGCUUCAGGUAUCGCCCAUAUCAGGUGUUCUUGCGCCUGGAGAAAGAGCAGUCAUUCGCUUUGAAGUCAUGGUAGAUCCUACGAUUUCGGCCCCUUUGAACCGUGGAGAACAAAAGAUUGAAGAUAUACUCAUCCUUCGCUUGGAAAAUAGUAAAGACUUUUUUAUUUCCAUCUCUGGUGACUAUGUGCCUACAUGUUUCGGUGUGCCUCUAGAACGGUUGUCAGAAAUGACAGUACCAAUCAGUGAACAAGCAGCACAAAACUUGCAAAAGACAAAGCCGACCUCUAACCCAUCUCAGCCUCCUUCUCCAGUUUUAAACCAGAUUGAUUUACCUAAAGAGUUGUGGAAGGUGAUGAACUUUUUAUGGAAUUCCAACAUGUUUCGUAUUGAAUCAUUGUUCUUAUACCACGGAGAUCUCGUUAUUUCAACCUAUAUUCGUCAAUGUUUAGAUAAUGGUGAGCAAUUUGAUACCAACACGCUACUUGGUGAUCAGGAAUCAGAUAAGCUAUCCCUGUCAGAGCUUACGUUGGAAGAAGAAAGUGUAUCUAAAAGAUCUUUGGAUAAAGAAGCAAUUAGUGCAAAUUCGAUGAUUGAUGUCUUAGUAGCCUUUUUAGAUUGCUUACCUGAUCCCGUUAUACCAACCAGCAUGUAUGAGCGUGCCUUAGAAGCCUCAGAAUCUGUAGAUGCAAUGAAUAUGCUCAAAGAAUCUCUGCCGCCUUUUCGACGCAAUGUCUUACUUUACAUUGGUAUGUUUUUAAGGCAAGCUAUUGAUCACGCUCCUUCUUCAGUAAGAAAAGAAAGAGAAAACAAAAUUGUUGAACUAUUCACCGUCUUGCUGAGACCGCCUGUUGACUUUAAAGAACGUAACCCAUUGGUGGCAAAAGAGAAGAGAGAAAAGUUUAUAUUACAAUUGCUAAAGUCAUUAAAGGAUCAAUAAAGCAUGACGUUGUUUGUUUAUGACUUUGAAGACGUUGUAUAUUUCUCCAAAGGAAAGAAAAGUUAUACUUGAGAUAAUUAACAAAACACUAUUCUUGGAGAUAUGUUUGAUAGACUUAACAGUAUGACGUCUUCUUGGUUCUUAUCUCCCUCUUUUCUUCCAGUUCCCUUUUUCUUGUGACCAGGAGACAUUCCAUCGCCCCUUUUGAACAAAAAGUCAGCCGAUGAUCAAGUGUGACAGAGUAACGCCAUGUGCGGGUUAACAUUGCAUGUUUCAUGAUUUCCGUUAAAGGGCGUAUUGGAAUGCUGUUUUAUGAUCUUCUCAAAGAUAUAUUUGAGGCGAAAUCUAGACUAGCAAAAAGCACUCAAAGCAAGGAGAAGAGAGACAGACAGAG